CGUAGCGACAUUCUUAUGGUCAAACGGAGGAUUCCAGGCAGUAGGAGGCUCUGCCAUCGCAAUAUGACCAAAAUAUUUGCCCAGUUUAGCUAUAGACGUCUUACAGACCAAAUGCAUUGUGGAAAAGGUGGUUCCUGUUAAAACUUCGUCAUAAUAGCACCUCUUCAUCGCUUCAUCGUUCUGAUUAAUUUUGACAGAAUUUGAGAAGACUGGGAAGUGUGCGGACUAUGUCGGCAGUCAGGUGGAAUGUGGUACUUUGGUUUUGCGUAUACUGUGGCGGCACCUUUGCGCAACCAAUCUCCGGAGAAGUGGAGCUCUUCAACUCAGUCAAACAGGCCAGUCUGAAAUGGACAUCUUAUCCAAAACUCAAAGCAUGGAGUGAGAAAUCACUGAAGAUAGGUUCAGAGACCCAAGUCCCAGUCUAUCAAGCCUGCGCUGUCAACAACAAACGCAGAUCACUAUUGACUCAUUGGAUUGCACGGAAGGAUGCCCUGCACCUGCUAUUGGACCUACAAUUCGCUCAGGAAGAGGAGUCAUCCUCCAAUCAGCUGAGUCCACUCCAGGUCCACCUUCUGGAAUCAGACUCUCCACUGUCCAAAUUUAGUGAAUCCCAGAAUCCCCUCCAUCUCCAAGCAUUGCAGACUUUCAGCGCCACAACAGAAGUGCAUCAGAUCAAGGAGUACCUUAACAACAGCCUGGGAUUAGUGUUAAACACGGAGCCUCUCUCACACGACGGCUUCCAUCUUGGAUUCACCUACUCAGGCCGGUGCAUCUUUCUAGUCUCUGUGAGGCUGUACUACAGAAGAUGCCCUUGGUUGGUCAGCCACCUGGUUGGCUUUGAGGGAGCGUCUGCAGGAGCGGGGCCAUUGACAGGGUCCUGUGUGGAGGGGGCCGUGGGGGUGGAGGGGCAGGUGGACCCCCUCAGAGGGAGUGCCAGGCGAACGGGGCGUGGGGUCCACUGCAAGGGGGGUGCACUUGCGCUCCCGGUCACCAAGAAAAGGGGGACUCUUGUGAAGCCUGUAGAACUGGAUACUACAAGGCAGCCAAUGAGAGUGGGGGUUGUCGCUCCUGUCCACCCAAUAGCAAGACGGACGGGGAGGGUGCAGAAGGGGUGUGACUGUGGUCAGGGGUACUUCCGCCUCCCGGGUGACCCGUAUGUCAUGGGAUGCACACGACCCCCCUCUGCUCCUGUAAAUGUAACAGUCCAGCGCCUCAACGACUCAAUGCUGACUCUGCUUUGGGACCCUCCCAUUGACCUGGGGGGGAGGCAGGAGGUGACGUAUGGCGUGGAAUGCUCGGAGAGGGAGGGAGGGACUGAUGGUCAGUGGGCGGUGUGUGGGGAGGCAGUCAUCUUUCUCCCUGCCUCAGCGGGGCUGACCGUCACUGCAGUCAACCUCACAGGGGUCAGCCCACGGUCGGACUACCGGCUGUCGGUCCGGGCCAGUAAUGCCGUGUCAUUCCACCAGAGUGUAGCAGCAGCAGCGUCAUCAGUAGUAACCAUAAUCAUUCAUAGAUGGAAAUCUUUAGAGAUAAACACCCCUGGUCCCUUCUCCCUGGAUCCCCACCGCUCCCCUGUGGAGGGUCCCUCUCCCUGGGUGAUCAUAGGAGCUCUACUGGGAGUCCUUCUGCUCUUUGUUCUGGUCCCUGCUGCUGUUUAUUCUCUGCGACGCAGAUACACCAAGCUCAGUGAAGACCAGCAGGUGGAGCUGCUGCCUUUUCACACAGAUGUGACCUAUUGUCGUAACGAGGGCCCACAUGCUGCCCCUCAGGAAGUCAACACGCUGGUGGUACCUGGUGUGGUCCAGUUGCUGGAGGGUGUUAGUGACAGACUACUGACCAGUCUGAGGGACGUCCUGGUGGACAGGAACCUGCUGACCCUGGGAAAGGAGCUGGGAGCUGGAGAGUUUGGCUCUGUCUACGAGGGGAUCUUUACUCAAGAGGAAGGGAUGGACAUCAAAGUAGCUGUCAAGACCAUGAGAGUUGGACUACACAGUCAGGAGGAUUUAGACUCGUUUCUGAAGGAAGCAGAGAUCAUGCAGCACUUUGACCAUAAAGUCAUCAAACGUCUUGGGUUCCUUUGGAGUAGGAGCAGGAUUCUCCUCUCCCAGUGGCUCUGGUGAUCCUACCCUUCAUGAAGCAUGGAGACCUGCGCCGGUUCCUCAUCACUACCCGCCAAGCGGAUA